UGCCCUCUCCAUCUUUGAAUUUGAAACCGGAUCCAUCACCUCCUCUCUCGAAGGCAUUUUUGGCAUACAGGUGGGAAGGGCCUGGCUCAAAGCUGUGGCACAACAGCUCAUCCCCCGCUAAACCCCAGGCCAGACCAGAUGUUUCCGUUGCUCGAUUCGAACGGCGGCGAGGUGGGGUGAAAAUUUGGAAGGAGGGAAGGGGCGGGUGCGAACGCGGAACGCGUGCUCCCCGUCGCUGCCUGCCACCGGCGCCCCCUCGUCGGCUAUAAAACCCUCCCUCCCCGUCGCAGCUGCCACCUCGCCGAAACCCUAGCCGCCGCUUCUCCUAGCUUGGUCUCCCCCUGCUCCCCGACUAUGGCGGACGACGCGCCGCCUGCAGCCCCUGUGAUGACGCCGGCGGAAGUGCAGGAUGAGGCCGAGCGACGGAUGCGCGACAUCGGCCAGCGCUUCGGCGAGCUCCCUCAGGACAGCGACGAGUUGCUCCGGUUACUUCAGGAAGCGGAUACCUGGUUGGUCAGGGUGCUCCAGGCCCCGCCCGAGGGCAUGCUCAACACUCUUCGCCCCACCAUGUCUGCUUUGAUUACAAAGGAGCUACUGGAGCACCCAGAUCCAGACAUCAAGGUUGCUGUUACCUCUUGCUUAACUGAAGUUACCAGGAUCACCGCUCCAGAGGCACCCUAUGAUGAUGACAUCAUGAAGGAUGUCUUUAAGAGAAUUGUGGAAACUUUUGCUGACUUGGAUGAUAUGGACAGCCCCUCCUUUGCAAGGAGGGCUUCGAUCCUUGAAUCUGUUGCAACGACCCGGUGUUGUGCCCUGAUGUUGGAUCUUGACUUGGACCAUCUGGCAGUCGACAUGUUCCGUAAUCUAUUCAAAGCCAUCUCCCUGGAUCAUUCAGAAAACAUCAACUGUUGUAUGGAAAACAUAAUGGUUUUUGUAAUUGAGGAGAGUGACAAUGUCCCUCCAGAACUGGCAUCAUGCCUGCUCCAAAACCUUAAAAAGGAAGCACAGGAAACUCUUCCGGCAGCUUUUGGACUUGCAGAGCGGGUAGUAGGUCAUUGCAAAGACAGGUUAAAACAAGUGUUUAUUGAGUUGCUUAAAGAUACUCCCUUAGAUGAGUACAGCAACAUUGUUGCAUUGCUGUGCCAAGAUGCUUCAGAUGCCAUAGAAAACAACAAUGCAGAUGUGUCUGCAAAGGCAGCUGAAGGUAAAAUAUGUGAGAGGUCUGUUUCUGACGAGUCACCUCAGGAAACUUCAAAGUUAGAGCAAGAUGUGAAUUGCGCAGGACAAGACGGUACUUGCCCAAGCAGUAUUCCUACAGCUGCCAUUAGCAACGGUGGUGCUCCAGUUGACAAUGUCAAGUCCACAGAUGGACCAGCUUCUGAACAGAAGCCUGAACUGCCUUCUGGUGAUGAGCAGGCCAAAAUUUCUGAUCAACUGAUAUCUGGUGACAAAGAAGUGUUAGAGCAGGCCAAAAUUUCUGAUCAACUGAUAUCUGGUGACAAAGAAAUGUCAGAACCAGUCAUCACAGAACCUGAAAAGUCAUAUGAUCUCAGUUUAAAGAAAAGUCACAGGCUUGAUUCUUCCACUGUAUCUGAGAUUACCGAACAUCCUAAGGUUGUUAAAGACAAUGAGAGUCUUGUUGCAUCUGGAGAGUUAUGCCCAGAGACAAAUGAUGGUGAUGAUAAGCAGCUGACAGAGACUGGCAAUAGAGCUGCUGAUGAUGCUAAGUCUGCUGUGGUUAAACCAAAGCGAGGCCGGCCUCCUGCAGCAAAGUCGCAGGAGAAAAAGCCUUCUGGAAAUAAACAAGGAUCAGACCUAGAACCCAAAAGGCUUGACCUUGUUAGUGAUUCUGGACGAAGAGUUACAAGGCAGAUGACUAAAAUUGAUGCCAAGUCUCCUUCAACAAAGGUUGCUGAAAGAGAAUCUUGGAAGAAGCAGCAGAAAGCCAAUUUGAAGCUGAAGAAAGAAGACCCCUUCUCUGAUGAAGACGAUGAUGAAGAUACCAGUUUGAAGGAAAUGGUGUCGGCAAGCAAGACCGAUAAAACAAAAGGUCAACAAGAGGACGGUGGAGGGUCAAAAAGGAAACGUCCGCAGGAAGCUGAAGAGGCCCCACUGUCAAAGAAAAACAACAUUCUUGAUGAAAACCUUGUUGGCUCAAGAAUUAAAGUUUGGUGGCCUGAUGACAAAAUGUUCUAUGAUGGUGUUGUUAAAUCAUUUGAUGCGUCUUCAAAAAAACACAAGGUUGCCUAUGAUGAUGGUGAUGUUGAGGUACUACUGCUCAAGAACGAGAAGUGGGAAUUCAUUACGGAGGAGCAAAACAGCGAUCCUGAUGCGGCAUCUGAUACGCCACGCGGCAAAAGCGGUCAAGGGAUUUUGCGCCAGCAAACGAAGGAAGGGAAGACAGGAACACCUAAAAGUGGCAGUGAUAGUAGGGAUCCUCCCAAGAAGAGGGGACGUCCAAAAGGUGUGCGCUCCAGCAAUAGCCCUGUGACUUCAGCCAGACUGAAGGGAAAAAGUGUGGAGAAGGAUAUUCAAGAGACACCUAAAACUGGCAGUAACCUUAAGAAGGAAGGUGCAAGGCCCUCUCGAUCCACUGGCAAGACUAGGGAUGGUGUAGUCAUGGCAAGCAACAAAAAUGAGGUUGGUGGCACCAGAAGUGCUGAAAAAUCAAAAGAUGAGGCUGGCAAUGAAGACCAGGAUUCAAAAGAUGAAGUGAAAUCCAGUGAAGCUAUUGAUGGAUCCAAGACAAAUGGUCUUUCAACCAAAAGGAAGCCAAAGGCAAAAGAAGGUGACUCAUCAGAGGAGGAGCAGGGGUCUGCUAAAGCUUCUAUUGGAAAGAAGCGCAGAAGAAAGAACCACAAGUAGAUGCUCUGAGCUGUGCAGCUCUUACUCAGGGGAUUCCAACCCCUUACAGUCUCAAGAUGUUGGCUUGAGGCAUGCCAUGUCUGGCUUCUAUUCCUUGGACCGGUUGCCUGCUUAAUGCUGUGGUGAUUGACAUCAUGAAGCAGCUACUAGUUGUAUCAGUCUUAAACUCUCAAUAGCAGCUAUAAUGUUAGGCGUUACUUUUUUUUCUCCUUGCCAUUGGCUGUGAAGCCUCUGGCGAAAAUGGAUUCUAUGCUUGCUGUGGUUCAAGCUUUCUUGUUACUAGAUUGUAAUGUAGUUGGGUUAACCUUCUGCCGAACAAAAAAAUUGGUCGCCCAGGCUAUUUAAGAAGUUAAUUUUGCAAAAGAAAGGAGCUCCAAAUUUCAUAGCAUCA